UCGAAUGGUCUUUUACACGAAGCAAUGCGACCAAAUUUUAUCUUCAUACUUGUUCCUGUCUUCAUGAUUUAGUCUCAUCAAAUGAAGGCAGCUAUGACUUCAAGGCGAGACUACCACAUCACCAUUUUCCUCUUUCUGGCAUGGGUUACCAAGGGUUUAUAUCUUGAAGCACUCGGCCCGGCGAUGAUAGACCUAAAGCUGCUCUACAAAACCAACUACGAGAGUGUGACGCGCGCGGUCGCCGGCAGAGGCGUCGGUGGCUUCCUGGGGGCGGUUGUCGGCGCGUUCGUGGUGGACAAGUACCAGCGUCAUCUGGAUCUUUGUUGCGGCGUGAGUACCUCGAUAGCCGGACUCUGUGUCGCCAUGGUGACGUAUGUGCCGUCCAUUGACUACGUGUGGCUUUUGUACUGUGUGCUGGGAUGCUGCAGUAAUCUGGUGAACAUUGCGGGCACGAAGCUGACGCUAGACAUUUGGCGGGAGAAAAGCUCUACCCUUCUGCAACUUCUGCACAUGGGAUACAGUGUGGGGGCGCUUCUUGGUCCGAUCAUCUGCACGCCCUACCUCGCUGUCGUUCAAAAGGAGUCCGGUGAGCAUCAGUUCCGAAUCUUAAAGGAGACGCAGGUCGAUUUCGCGUUUUUGCUAAUCGGUCUGUCAACUGUUGCCGUGGCUUUACCGUUUUUUUACUUCCACUACUUUUCUUUCGAUCAAACUGAUACAAAAAACGACGACCCGGACCAAAAGACGAUGAAAUUUCGAAAGUCCACGUGGAGAGACAAAAUAAAUCCAGCUUUCUACGCAAACGGAGAUUUUACUUUUAGGUUGGCCGUGUUAACAUUUUUCUUCGUGUAUUUCUUCACACUAGUGGGCGGGGAAAAGACGUUCAUGAGUUUUGUGCGGACCAUAUCCGUGGAUGUGUUCAAAUUCGAUAAGACGGACGCCUCUAUGUUGAAUAUUCUUUUUUGGGUUUGCUUUACUGCAGGACGAUUAACAGGUUCGUUUGUUUCGCAUUUUGUUCAAACGAAGACGCUUUUGAUUAUACUCGUUUCCGUGAACGCAAUAUCAUCGACAUUCGUAAAUGUGUACGGUCUUUCAAGCGUUAAUGCCUUGUGGUUUUCCGCCAUUUUGCAAGGCUUCGUGAUAUCCCCGCUGUACCCGCUCGGCGUUGCCUAUGGUAACACCCUUGUGACCGUUUCCGGUUUCUGCCUGAUGGUGAUCGUGUUCGCUGGGAGUUUCGGGGACAUGACGUAUCUAUGGAUAGCGGGCCGACUUUAUGACACGUAUGGGGCAGGGAAAAUAUUCGUCAUUUUUAACUUCGCACUGUGUUUGCUUGCCUUGACGGUGUGGGCGUUUCAGUUGUUCAUCCAGACAUACAGAAAAAGCAGUAAAAAGAUAAGAUCACUACCGUUGUUGAAAUUAUAGACAUACAAAACGGUUAAACACGGCCAGUAAGGCGACUUAGUGCGUUAUUUUUCGCGCAAAAAAUCCAAAUAUAUGCAUUUAUCCAUGACACUAGGGAACUCUUCCCCUGUCACUACUGAUAUUGUACUGUGCAUAAUUAUAUUGAUUUGUUAUCCUAAAUUUACCAUAUUUCAAGUUUGAAGCACAAUCAUACUGCAUGGUUUAUGGCAUAUUAUUAUUACAUAUAACUGAGUUAACAGAAGUAGUAUAUAUAUCAACAUACAAUAUAUCGUCACGUUAUAAAGAUAUGUACAUCUAAAUUGUAUACUUUUUCUUUAUUUACAAAAUUAUGUAUGCAUUUAUGGGUGAUGUAUCUUUGUGUAAUCUAGUCGUCACAUUACGUUCUUUUGUCCUUUUCAUGUAGCAGCUGUUCCUAUUAAUCUCGUACGAUCGUAUUUAGCACUAUUUUACGAACUUUGGCGUAAUAUCCAAGUUAUCUCUACCGGUGUAUUGGACAAAACAUUA